GUUAAGACUCAUCCACUUCAAUGUUACAAAUUUAUUUUUCUGAUCUUAAAACUAGAUAAAUCAUAUACCAUGUCAGCAUAAUUAAAGUCUAACACUUGGGGUUGCCAUUUUCUUACAGUAAUUAGGUGAUAUAUCAAAUGAGAAGUUUCCAAAAUAUUGAGAUCCAUGCGUCCAGCUAUUCAACCUGCCCAUGCAUGCGUAGUGCGUUAUAGUAUUCUCGAAGCACUUAGUUGACCUUGAGCUGGCCUCCAUAAAAUCCAAAACAAGCUUACAUCUUUUACUUAGAUUCUUCUUCAAUUUUUAUUUAGCCCAACCAAAUCAUGUUCCCUACUCAAUUAACACUCAUACCUUAGCAUAUAUCUGCAUAUCCCUCUUUGCAUGGACUAUUUCCUAGUUCCUACCACUUUCCUUUUGCUCCCUAACUCUUUUGGGUACUAUAUAAUCCCCACAUUCUCCCCUCAUUUCUCUCAUCCAAAACAUUCCAACUUAUCCUUUCUUUACUAAAAACACUUAAAAGUCUCUCUUCUAUUCUUCACAAUGGCCACCAAAUACUCACUCUUGUCACUCACUCUCCUUAUCCUCGUCGGCUCUACUAUCGCGUCGAGGAUGCUCGUAGACUCCUCGACGACUCAACCGAUGACUUUCCAAUACCACAACGGCCCUCUUCUGAGUGGCCGAUUGUCAAUCAAUCUUAUUUGGUAUGGCAACUUCAACCCGACCCAACGGGCUAUCAUAUCUGAUUUCGUUACCUCGUUGUCACAUUCGCAGUCUGAGAGCCAACCAUCGGUUGCCAUGUGGUGGAGUUCUAUUGGUAAAUACUACCCCGUAGCCAAUUCCAAGAGACCAACUUCACUCUCCCUCUCAUUGGGCAAGCAAGUAGUUAUUGACAGUUACUCCCUUGGCAAAAGCCUAACCACCAAGCAGCUUGAAGCCUUGGCCGGGAAGGGCCCACAACAACAACCAAACUCCAUCAACGUAGUGUUGACUGCAGCUGACGUGGCAGUAGAAGGUUUCUGCAUGAGCAGGUGUGGAACCCAUGGGUCUGGGUCUGCCAAGCCCGCUCAAAAGCUCACCUAUAUUUGGGUUGGUAACUCCGAGACACAGUGCCCGGGUCAAUGCACUUGGCCAUUCCACCAACCCAUCUACGGCCCGCAAACCACACCACUGACCGCACCAAACAACGAUGUGGGCUUGGAUGGUAUGGUUAUCAACUUGGCAACCCUACUGGCUGGGACUGUGACCAACCCAUACGGGAAUGGUUACUUCCAAGGCCCGAGGGAUGCACCACUUGAGGCUGCAUCAGCUUGCCCGGGUGUCUACGGAAAGGGGGCUUACCCGGGUUAUGCCGGAAACUUAUUGGUGGACCCGACAACCGGGUCUAGCUACAACGCCAACGGAAUCAACAAGAGAAAGUAUCUGCUCCCUGCAUUGUACGAUCCCAAGACUGAGACUUGCUCAACUCUAGUUUGAGAAGUUUCAGAAGAAACCUGCAAUAUUGUGUAAUAUAGAUAGGAGAGUGUAAAAGUGUAUACUAGGAUUAAGAAACAAAUAGAAAUUACGAAGUAGUACUAAGUACGAAGUAUAGUUUUCCUCAAUACUCCGUAGUAUGUAUUCAUUGAUUCACUGAUAUUGCAAUAAAAAGUUACUAUAAUACUC